AUGCUCCGCUCAACGGACCUUCCGCCGGGCAGGAGGGCGCUGCUGCUACCUCAUGCCUCAUCAUGGAGCCCAUAUAUCACCAACAGAUCCGUCACCUUUACGACCGGGGAGAGGAAGCCGCCCCGACCCUUCAUUGUAAACGCCGCCAGUAAAGCAACCGGUCCUCCGAGAAGCAGGCCGCCCCGGACAUGGAGUCCCGGCACAAUCUCCCGAAUGGCCGGCGGCAUCAUCCUCGCGGGGCUGUGGUACAUUGUGCACGAGGGUCGAAGCUACAAGGUUGCCGAGAAGGCGGACAGGUAUGAGCCGCGGACGAUCGGGGCGCAUCGCGAGGGCAAUAUGAACCGGGACUAUGUGAGUUACGACCACUGGGUUGAGACGCAUGGGCUCAGGUCUAAGCAUGGGCAUGGGCGUGGGUCGGACCACGGGCAUGAGCGGAAGUGA